GUAGUUGGCAUGGGGCAGCAGUGGGUGUUGGUGGGAAUGGUGCAGGCCUUUUAUGAGGCCCCAGCUUACCAUCUAAUUUUGGAAGGAAUUCUCAUACUAUGGAUCAUCAGGCUCCUUUUCUCAAAGACCUAUAAGCUUCAAGAACUACCUGAUCUAACACCUAAGGAAAAAGAAGAAUUGAUUGAAGAAUGGCAGCCAGAGUCACUUGUUCCUCCUGUAUCAAAAGAUCACCCAGCUCUCAACUAUAACAUUGUUUCAGGUUCUCCUGCUCAUAAAAUCACCGUUAACGGCAAGGAGUGUACAAACUUUGCAUCAUUUAAUUUCCUCGGACUUUUGGAUAAUGAAAAGGUUAAGAAUGCGGCCCAGGCAUCUUUGGAGAAGUAUGGUGUUGGCACUUGUGGACCUAGAGGAUUCUAUGGUACUUUUGAUGUGCACUUAGAAUUAGAAGAACGACUUGCAAAAUUCAUGAGGACAGAGGAAGCUAUUAUAUACUCAUAUGGAUUUGCUACAAUUGCCAGUGCUAUUCCUGCAUAUUCAAAAAGAGGAGACAUUUUGUUUGUAGAUGAAGCUGCCUGCUUUGCUAUUCAGAAGGGAUUACAGGCAUCUCAUAGUAACGUCAAGAUAUUUAAACAUAAUGAUAUGGCUUACCUGGAACGACUGUUGAAAGAACAGGAGACUGAAGAUCAAAAGAAUCGCCGCAAGGCCCGUGUAACUCGAAGGUUUAUUGUAGUGGAAGGGUUGUAUAUGAAUACAGGAGAUAUCUGUCCUCUUCCAGAAUUGAUAAAACUGAAGUAUAAAUACAAAGUUAGAAUUUUUUUGGAAGAGAGCCUUUCCUUUGGAGUACUUGGGGAACAUGGACGAGGAAUUACUGAACACUUAGGCGUAAACAUAGAUGAUAUAGAUCUUAUCAGCGCAAACAUGGAAAAUUCACUGGCUUCUAUUGGAGGAUUUUGCUGUGGAAGAUCUUUUGUUAUUGAUCAUCAGCGACUGUCCGGUCAGGGCUACUGCUUUUCUGCAUCCCUGCCUCCUUUGUUAGCUGCUGCUGCUAUUGAGGCUCUGAAUAUUAUGGAAGAUAAUCCAGACAUUUGUCAAAUUCUCCAGGAAAAAUGCAAGUGA